AUGUCGUCCUCCAUCGAAUCACGAGCUACCGACCUCCUACCUCGUAUCGCUUCAGCAUCAGGCAUGUGGGCCUCCGACCAAUCCGAUUUCCGCGAUGCCGUCCGGUCACUAGGUGAUUUCAAAGAUUAUUUUUCGGGAUGUAGUCAAAACGAUAUGCAGUACUUCGCCUGUAAAGCGGCUCAAGGACUUUCAUUGUACGGCGACGUUCCUCCCGAAUUGGCGAGAAGGGCUCGAGGGGGGUAUGACGAGACUAAAGUCAGUUCUCAAGCUAGAGAUUUAGAGAGAAGUGUGCAAAGUAUCGUGUCGAUCUUUGCAGAUAAACUCUCAGGUAUCGAUCUUAGGCAAGAUGAAGGGUUGAAGAGGGAUAUAAAUGGGUUGAUUGAAGAUGCAUGUAGAAUCCAAUUUGGACGGGAGGAUGAGUCCACUUACUACGAUAAUGGAAGUUUCAGCGACGAUGAGUCAUUUCGGUAUAGCAGUAGCAAUUCUGGUCGCAGUAGUGACAGGAGCUCUUGGAGUUCUCAUGAUUCACAAUCCUCCAGGAACAGAAGGUCCGGUCGAUACUCCGAUUCUUUCGAUUCAAGAAAUUCUGCCUAUUCAGCUCCUCCCUCAACUGCCGCAGCGGCUUAG